CACAACAGGAACUCCCAAAAUUUUAAUUUAAAAAUUAAAAAAUUUUCUAUACCCCUGUGGCAUAUGAAAAUUCCUCAGUCAGCUAUCAAAUCCCAGCUGGAGCUGAACCUAUGCCAUAGCUGCAGCAAUCCACUGCAUUAGGCCAGGGAUCAAACUGGCAUCUGAACAGAGACAAGCCAUAUCAUUAACAUACUCUGCCACAGUGGGAAUUCUCCCUUAGCUCAUUUUUACACUGGGUUCCUUUUCUUUUUGUUAUGGAGCAGUAAGUUUUCUUUCUCUAUAUAUAUUCUUGAAACUAGGCCCUUAGAGCAUAUACUUUGCAAUAUUUUCUCCUAUUCUGCACCUUGCGUCUUCACUUUCUUAUCUUUUGAUGUAUGGAAGUUUUCAAUUUUUAUUAAGUCCAAUUUAUCUUUUUUCCCCUUUUGUUACUUGUGCACUGGUGUCAUAUUUAAGAAUCAAUUUUCAAAUCCAAGGUCAUAAAAAUGUACUUUUUUGUUUUAUUUUAAGAGUUUUAUAGAUUUAAGCUCUUGGAUUUAGGUCAGAUUCAUUUUGAGUACAUAACACAUUCAUUUUGAGUACAUAAUACAGUAAGAACAUUAAAAAGUGAGUAAGAAAGACCUAUAUACAUUAGUCAAUCAUUGGAGGCUUUUGCUGACCUUUUUAAAAGCACUUUAAAGUGUCCUAGUAGGAAAAAAAACCCGUGAUGUUAAAUCACUAAUUGGAUUUUCAAAUAAGGUAGUUGAAAUAAGAAAAAAACACAUGAUAUAUUAUUGUUUAACUUUCUGAGGAUCGGCCAAGCUUUUAAUGUAGUCUUGCUAUAUAUUACACAGUAUUAUAUACUAUUUAUUACAUAGUAUUUGAGAGUGCCGACUUUAGCCUAAUGCUUUUUUCUUCUACUGAAAAUAUCUUUCCCUAAUAAGAAAAUACACAGGCAAAUGUGUUCCCUGUUUUUUUCUAUUUUAUCACAUAUUAAGUUAAAAUGAAAGAAAUGAAUUACAAUAUUUACAAAUCAUUGGAGUAACUAGUCUAAAAUAACUAACAACUACAUGCUUAAUACUUUUCUACCAGAGGUCUAAUAAUGGGAGAAGUAUAUUAUAAUGACGGUCAAAACAGACAUUAGCAAAGAGAAUGAAAGAGGAGUAUAUGCAGACAAAACCACUUAAAAUUUUAUAGAAAACAGAAAGUGGAUAUUAUUAUCACAUAAGCAGAGCAACUAGGAUCAUGAAACAAAAGAGGAAAUCUACGCUUCCAUAUAAACCUUUAACGGGCUCUAGACAUAUCAAUGUCAAAAGCAGUGAAGAAUUAAAGAGCACUGUAGAGUUGAAAUAGGGGGAAAAUGGAAGCAAGUUAUAUGACUUUUCUCAGUAUGAAGUUUACUGCCACAUACAAUAAUCUAGGAACUUGCACAUCACACAAAUGAAAGACAGCUAAUACUUCAUCUUUAUAAAAAUAAUUGAAUUGCUCUAAAGAAAAAAUUUUUUAAUUAUCUGUUACUUAAAUGGGCUCCAAAAUAAUGGCUAGCUCUUCCUCUUAUCAUCCUAAGAUGGAGCUCACCUCUCAUCAAGCUAUUUCCGAGAACAGAGGAUGUCCAGUUUGCUUUUAAAAAUGAAUUCAUUACUUAGCCUUAUCCAUCAUUUGACAGUUGUUCAACACAGAUGAAAAGCUAUUUUUUUAAUGAUGCUGAAAUGCCCAGAGAUAAUACAGAAAACAGAACAGAUUAUUUCACUGGAUAACAUCAUUAAUUUUGAUGUCAGACAGACUUUGGAUAAAGUUCUGACUCUGAAAUAAGCAACUGCAGGGAACUCAGCAAGGAACGUAUGCUUGCUCUAACCUGUUUACUCCCCUGCACAAGUAUAGUAACUUAUCUGGAGCACUUCUAAAACAUGUAUCACGGAGUCUAGUACAGAGAAAAUACGCAAUGAAUGUCGAUGGUAAUUAUCGCAGUGGUGGUGAUGGUGAUGAUAAUGACAACGACGACGUUAUUAUGUCUUAAAAGGGGCUUUAGGAAAACAUUUUGUGGGAUUCUUAAGUUUAGUCAUGAGAAAUUUAAAACUCUUUAUCUACUUCACCAUUUGGCAAGAAGCAGUGAUGCCCCCUAUAUAUUUUACAGGAAAACACCUAGACAAUAAUGUUUUUCCUCUCUGAAAUGGCUAACUUAUUAUAUAUCACCUAGGUGAAGAAAUUUGGGGGACUGUUGUGUUUGUUUCUGUUUCAUAAGAAUUCUUAUAUUACUCUUUUUAUUUUUCAGAUCAACUUAAGGAAAAUGAUCAACUUAGGAAGGAAAAUGGUAAACUUUUAUGACUCUACAAAAUAUGAUCUCCCUAUUAACCGUUUCAUAAGAAGUCAUAUAUUACUCUUUAUUUUUCAGAUCUUCUUAGGAAGGAAAAUGGUAAACUUUUAUGACUCUACAAAAUAUGAUCUCCCUAUUAACCGUUUCAUAAGAAGUCUUAUAUUACUCUUUUUAUUUUUCAGAUCUUCUUAGGAAGGAAAAUGGUAAACUUUUAUGACUCUUUACAAAAUAUGAUCUCCCUAUUAACCGUUUCAUAAGAAGUCAUAUAUUACUCUUUUUAUUUUUCAGAUCAACUUAGGAAGGAAAAUGGUAAACUUUUAUGACUCUUUACAAAAUAUGAUCUCCCUAUUAACCGUUUCAUAAGAAGUCUUAUAUUACUUUUUUUAUUUUUCAGAUCAACUUGGGGAGGAAAAUGGUAAACUUUUAUGACUCUUUACAAAAUAUGAUCUCACUAUAACCGUUUCAUAAGAAGUCUUAUAAUACUCUUUUUGUUUUUCGGAUCAACUUAAGGAAAUAAAUGGUAAACUUUAAUGACCAUUUAUGUGAUUUUUCUAUAGCGAUUUUUCCUGCUUCCUUGCUUUUCCAUUCCUCCCUCUGUAUCAUUUUCUCUUUUGUGAUUUUUAUUCAUUCUUACUAUAUUACAUCUUCCAUUGCUUCUUUCUCUCUUUGUUCUUCUUCAUCAGUUAACUCACUUUUCCUACUGACCCUUCUCUUUAUCUAAUGCAUUAUUUUUCUUACUGUCUCCCUGAUGCUAACAAUAAUAACUCCUUCUCAUGGUGCUGAGAUGAAUGAAAUUCUAAUGCGAAAAGAUACUUGAAAGUGCUCUCAUAGUGCUUUUGUGUCCACAAGCUGAUUUUAAGAAAAAUUCAAAAGCUCUUCUAUGCAAGACACUUUUUAAGAAGUACAGUCGAUUGUUCCUUGUAGAGCACACCAUUGUUCUCUACCUUGAGAUUGAAGCCUCACCUGGCUGGACCAGGAGUGGAGAUUUAUGGCAUAGUGAUAUGGAGACUUUGCUUUGCAUUUUAACAGACCUGGGUUCAAAUCACUGAUCUGUUCAUUGACCAGCAGAAACUUCUCCAUGUUAUUGAUCCCUUUUAUUCUCAGAUCUUUCUUUUGUGAACAGAGAAGCACUAAUUUACAAUUAUUUUGCUAAUAUUAAUCAAGUAAUUACAUAAAGCCCUUAGCAAAUAUUUAAGUCAUUGGAAACACCAAAUGAAUUGUAGCUUCUUUUGCACAGAUGAUAUAGAGCAUGACAGCAUUGCAGAGGAUGAUAACCAUGAAUAUCAGCAUUCCAAAUUAGAUUAAAAACAAUACUUCACGGGGGAUUUGAUAAUUUCCCUCUUGAAUUUUAACUGUAAAAUUAUUUGUCUAUGUUAGCACGUAAUAUGUUUUCUUAUUUUCUUUCUUUUUUGGGGAAACAUGUGCUGGAGAAAACUGAGGAUUUUAAAAACCUUGAUGAGUUAAUUUAUGUCUUUGUAUAUAAUCCUUCCAAGCAAGUUUAAUUUUUCUUUUUUCUGUAACAUUAAAAUGGAGUUUUCACUUUUUCCCCCAGGAAUAUUGCAAAAGGAAAUUGGUAAUGGUAUUCUAAUAGUUAAAAUAUUCUCAAGAGGAUGUCCUCCUCUGAUGAUCCCCUGCUUCCUUUCAUUCUUUCCCCUUAGCUCUUCAUUUUAGGUAUCUUUUGCAUUUCCCCGUUGCCUCUGUAUAUUGCAGCUAUCAUGUUAGGAAUAAUUUUCUGCUUACCUUGAUUAAGUCCUGAAAAUCAUGUGACUCAACUUUAUUUUAUGCAUGAAAAACAAUUUCCAAAGGGAGCAAUGGCUUGACUAAUGAUAGUAAUGACUACGGUAAAUCCCUCAGAAGAAUGCCUGUCUUUUUUCUGCGUCAUCCUCUCUUUGAGAGUCCAUGUCUUAUGUGUGUAUCUCCUUUCAGAUGAGAGGAAAGCUCAAUUUAAGAAUGGCUGGCAGAAGUCAUCGUUGUAUCCUGAUUUCUGUUAGUUUGUGAAAUUGACAAGCUGAUACCAAAGAACUCAAAAUAAUAAAGAGAAGAGAUCAUGAGAAAGUCACAGGGGAUUCCUGUUUCAGGCAAGAAAUAACCUCCUCAAUAACUUUUACUCACAUUCCAUUGGCAAGAGCUAAUUAUAUCGCCAAAUAAUGUGGCAGUGGAGAUAGAUAAUAUACUCUGGCCGGGAUGGUGAUCUAAUGCAUCUCUCCUUUUAUCAGUUGUGGGUCAAAAGAAGCAGGAGCCAAGAACGUUGGGUGUCCUGUGACUAAAUUUUCCUGCAAGUACCAGCAAGAUGCAUGAAGCAAUUACUCUAGAAUGCUGCCAUUUUUUUUUUCUUACGAGAAUACAAUCCUUAGAACUAUAGUAUCCUCCUUGUAAUGUCAAAGAGGCAUUUUUUUUCAACAUUUUUUUUUUAAUUUCAACGGAGUCAGUUAAGGAAUAAAUCAAAUUAAUGUAUAUAGGGGAAUUUACCUGACGAAUACUGCUCAAAUAGUUUUGGACACAUGAGUGCCUUUACUCUGUUCUUCGUCAUCACUUUUUAAGCACCUCUCCCAUGUAUGAGCAGAGGUUUUCCUUUUAUUCUGAAAAAGGUAGAAGACUCAAUGCAAGAUCAAUAGUUGAUAUAUUUAUUAUCUCAAGUUAUUGAAUUUUUGAUUUGUUAUGUUGCUACAAUUUAUGCAGAUACUACUGCUUUUUUUUUUUUUCUUCUUAGAGCCACACCUGCAGCAUGUGGAAUUUCCCAGGCUAGGGAUCGAAUCAGAGCUGCAGGGGCCAGCCUACACCACAGCCACAGCAAUGCCAGAUCUGAGCCACAUCUGUGACCUACAUUACAGCUCAUGGCAAUACUGGAUCCUUAACUCACUGAAGGAGGCCAGGGAUCGAACCCAUGUCCUCAUGGAUACUAGUCAGAUUCUUUUCCGUUGUACAAAAUGGGAACACCCAGAUACAUUUUUGAAUCAAGUGAAUUAUAUUACUCAUACACCUCCGAAGUACCAGCCUUUUCAGAGUGGCUGACGUGAAUGUUUUGUCCAAAAUAUAUUCACAACAUUUGACUUAGAUCUGAUCUACUGCCAUUGAAGACACUGUUUCCCUUUCCUACAUGGAAUUUUAUUAUGAAGAACUGAAUUUAGGCAUUAGUUAAAAAAUAAAUUUAUAAAACACACUUUUAUAUAUCCAUCAGUUGAUGAAAAUUUUCUAAGUAGGGUAGCAGAAGAAAAUUACCCUGUAAUACUACUAAAAGCAGUGGUUCAAUAUGUUCUAAUUUAGUUUUGUAGAAAUUCUAUACCACAUAGCCUUUGCAGUACAGAAUUGUAUAUUCAUAUUGGUUAAAAAAAAACCUUAUUAAAUAUCACAACCAAAUAAAAAAAGCCUAACUAAUGUCAAAAGGGUUUAGGACCAUUUUUAAAAGGUGAACACGAGGGAGUUCCCAUUGUGGUUCAGUGGUAAUGAACUUGGCUAGUAUCCAUGUGGAUGUGUGUUCAAUCCCUGGCCCUGCUCAGUGGGUGAAGGAUCUGGCAUUGCUGUGUCGGUGGUAUAGGCUGGCAGCUGCAGAUCCAAUUCAACCCCUAGCCUGGGAACCUCCACAUGCCAUGGGUUUGGCUCCCCCCCCCAAAAGAGACAGACAAACAAAAAAGUUGAACAUGAGAAGUAAUAUUCCUGAAACUUUUUCUCAACAGUAAAUACACUCAUUUUGUGCUAAUUUUCAUUUUGGAAGAAUACACACUAUGGACAAAAGUGAGACUUCAAACACUAUACUUAAUGCGUGCAUACUUAUGUAUGUGCCAAAAUGCAAAGUAUUUGUGUGUGUGUGUGUGAGUGUAUGUUCAUCUGCAUUCUGAAAAGCUUAAUUUUAUUUUAAACAUCAAUUUUGUAUUCAUUUCACAUUUUAUUUGUAUUUACGCAUUAUAUUUUCUUUGAUCUCCUCAUUUUAUGUUUCAGGAAAUCCUCAGGGGAAAAAAGCUAAAUCUUUUGGAAACAUGUUAACUCACAGAUCUCUUUUACACAAUUGAUUUCUUGAGGCCUUGAGAUUCCCUGAUGCUAAUUCAUACACCUUUCCUUGUUUUGUACUCCUGAAUCGCUAACUUUCUCUAAUUUUUAACAUAUAGAUUCUCAUAUCAUGUACUUAGUUUCCCUUGGUUACUCUCUCUUGAAUCCUUUUCAAUUCUUACUUUUUCUGUUCCGUAUCAUUUUCUUCCUGUAAACACUAAUAUUUUGUCUUUCUCUGACCUGUUCUGGUUUCACUAGGAAGUUGCUGAGAAAAGAUCACUCAGUUGGAAGGCACACUGUUUCCACUCUGUAUAUUUUUCCAGGACACCGCAAGAUGGGAACUCUAUCACAUAUUUCAAGUUCAAGGGCUCAUUCUGAUGCCAAUGAAACUUUCCCAAAUGAAUAGAGAUUUCCCAAACUAAUUUCAAAGCCUAUGAAAUUUAUGCUCUCAUUGACCAGUCAAUGCAAAAUCAAGGCUUAUUCUCCAACUGUGACAGAAUUUUUAUUGCCCAAAGAAUCCCAGGUAUGAAAAUAUGUCCCAUGAAUAUUCUCAGAAUAUUUUCUCACUGCAGAAAUUAUUCUGUGCUUUUGUCAUUUUCAAUAUGACAUUUACUGUUUACAUAAACUGCAACUCCUAUUAAAUGUGUGUGGGAGGACUUUAAAUCACAGGGAAUGUUCAAUUAUUGUAUAUCUCUCAAUUCUCAAUUUUCCAUGUGAACUACAUGAGCACCAAUAAUUGUGGGUUUUGUCAAAUACAUUCCUUGCACACACAUAUAGUUGAUGGCAAGUCAAUAACCUCUUAGUCAUCUUUUUGCAAUGACAAUUUUUAAUUCAAAGAGAAUUCAUUUUACAAUUAUACUGAUUUAGCAUACAUAGAAUAUAUGACUACUGCUACAGAAGAGUUGAGGACAGAUAGGUAACUUUAUUUUGUCCUUUUCAUCUCUUUUCAAAUAUCUCUCUUGUGAAUAAGUGCGUGUUUUCAUUUUAUGAUGAAAAUGUCAGAGUUAUAUUGCAAAAGCAGAAUCAGUGAUUGAUACAUUUAGUAUCCCAGAGGGAUAGUUAGCACUCCAUUCUACUUCCUUGCAUCGGUGUAUUGCCAGUGUGUGGGAGGACUUUAAAUCACAGGGAAUGUUCAAUUAUUGUCUUUCAUCAAAGGGUGUAUGGAAGUUUAAAAAAAAAAAACUCACAUAUUUCUGAUUGGUGAGGUUGUCUUCAAUCCUGUGGUUCCAAUUCCCUGGAACAUGUGUCAAUUAGGAUUCCAGUGAAAACCAUAGCAGCGUCUGAAAUGUUUGUCUUCCUUUUUUCCUGACAUUGCGCCCUCACUUCAAGUUAACUACUUCUUUCCUCCUUUUAUUUUCUCAACAAAUAUGAAGAAAAAAAUGCUAAUUCUCAUUAAUGUAUUUGUCUGUGUACAUACAUAGUCAAAGUUUCAUCUGUUUUUGCACUUUCCCUAAAGUACGUAGACAUCUCUCUCUCACUGGACUUCCUUAUAUGUUUACCUGAUUUUCUCUCCUAUCUUGUCUUUGCUCUGAAUGCUGUCAUCUUCCUUUGCUAUUCAGUUAUCUCACAUUGUUGCUUCUUGGAUUUGUCUUUUGAUUGCGAUCUAUACAGAUAUUCCUUUUGAGCCACAUAAGCUUUAUUAAACAUACACAUCUGAAAUAUUGGCAUUUUCAAUAAUGAUAUGAACGUUUUGUCCAAGGUAUGUCAGGUGAUUUAAUAUAGACAAUUUCACUGCCAUGUGACACUUCCAGUCCUACUUUUCAUGGAAUUUGAUUAAAAAGAACAUUAGUUAGGCAUUGAUCAAAAUAGAAAUUUAAAAAAAAACAGAAAGUUGUGCAUUUCUCUGUUGGUGAAAAUGUUGUGACUAGAGGGAGCCCAAGUAAAUUUCCCUAUAGUAUCCCUAGAGGCAGUGCUUCAAGAUCCUCCCAUUUGUACUUGUUGUAGAAUAUAGAUUCAAUAAUACAUAUAAAUUAAAAGUCAUUGUAUUUAUAAAAUCAUACAAACUGAAUAAUAAAACCAUAACGAAUGUCUAAAAGGAAAAGAAAUGGACCACUAAUUUCACUAAUGUAAUACCAUUUUCAAGUCAGGGAGAAUCCUCUCUGGACAGAACUGGCUCAGUACCACUGCAUUUAUGUGUGUGUAUUUACAGUGUGUAUGUGUGGGUGUGUGUGGGUGUGUGUGGGUGUGUAUUUGUGCCCUCAUAGGUUUAUUCUCAUGUAUAAAUCUUGCGUUCAAUUUGAAUGUUCUUCUCAUUUCCCAUGAUAUUUACAUCGAUCUCUCCAUUUUAAUUUCAGAACAACAUCAGAGGGAAUACGAGGAAACUGAGGGACCUGAGAAAAGUCUAGGAUAUUCUCUGAAUAGAAGAGAGCAGUCUUCAGCCAUUGUUGAUGAUCUCCAGGGAAAAAAUGAUGUACUUCAGAAAAAAUAUGAUGAUCCUCAAAAGAAACUCAAAGAACUUCAGGAAAAAAUUGAAGGACCACAGAACUUAGAUCAAGUCCAGAAAGAAAUGGCUAGGAUGAUGGCUCUGUUCAAGGAUGAUUGGAGGAGAGAACAGUUCCAGAAUGAAGGACUUCAGGAAAAAUAUGAUGAUCUUCAAAAGAAAGUCGAAGAACUUCAGGAAAAAAUUGAUCAAGUCCAGAAAGAAAUGGCUAGGAUGAUGGCUCAGUUCAAGGAUGAUUGGAGGAGAGAACAGUUCCAGAAUGAAGGACUUCAGGAAAAAUAUGAUGAUCUUCAAAAGAAAGUCGCCAGUCUUCGGAAAACAAAUGGAGAACUUCAGGAUGAAAACGCCAGUCUUCGGAAAACAAAUGGAGAACUUCAGGAUGAAAACGCCAGUCUUCGGAAAACAAAUGGAGAACUUCAGGAUGAAAACGCCAGUCUUCGGAAAACAAAUGGAGAACUUCAGGAUGAAAACGCCAGUCUUCGGAAAACAAAUGGAGAACUUCAGGAUGAAAACGCCAGUCUUCGGAAAACAAAUGGAGAACUUCAGGAUGAAAACGCCAGUCUUCGGAAAACAAAUGGAGAACUUCAGGAUGAAAACGCCAGUCUUCGGAAAACAAAUGGUAACAUUUCUGAUAUCCCAUCACCCCAGUGCUCUUGAGCCCCUCUGAAGCGACUGGUUCAGCCUUUCCUCUUGUCUGCCGUUUCAUCUGUUUCGCUUGUGUCGGCAUGCCUUUCUCUUGCACGUCCUGUCUACGAGCUCCACCUCAAUGUUUUGCGUGGGACUUGUCCCACGUUCCUUCUGUCCAUUUCUGUUUGCCUACCUCCUCUGCUCUGCCAUUCCUGCUCUUUGCAAUGCAUGCCAUGC